GCCGGAGAGCAGCAGAAAUGUUCAAAGAACCAUCGCCUGCGCUGGAAGGGUCAGCCCUUAGUUCCAGACCUGUUACUGGUAUUCUAAACCUGGAUAAUGCUCCCCCUACCAGACCAAGAGGAACUGCUCCCCCUAGAAGACCGGGAGGAUGGGCGGAUGAGACAUCAAGGGCCAAAUCUGCCAAGGCUCCCCAGAAUGAAGGUGCUGCUGGGUUUAGUGAUGAUGAUAAUGAUGAUGUUCCAAUAAUUCCAGAUCUUGAGGAAGUCGAGCAAGAAGAUUUAGCUACUCAGGUAGCUGAAGCUCCCAGUGUUGCAGUCAACAGAGUAGCGACCUACAAAGAGUUAGACACCGACUUAUUCAAGCAUGCUGCCUUUGCUACUCUUGACGAUAUUGAUCUGAGAAUCCUGACAAGAUGCAUGGCUCCAGAGCAUGCCGUCAAGGAGGUGGAUGAGACGUGGAGCUGGGAUAUCCUGUUUACUGAUGUAUCCUCGGACAUGUUAACGGAAUGGUUUCCGGAAACGGAACAGCAGGAAAAAACAAAGUUCCAGGAACGGCCCUACACUGCCUUUAAUAGGUUCCCGGUCUAGGGUUCUUUGUUUUUUUUUUCUUUGUCCACCCCCCCCCCCCUCCAAAAAAAAUAUUUUUUAUUAUUGGAUGGAAAUUUCCCGAAAUUUUAGAUAAAAUUGUUCUUUAUUGCUUUUUUCAAUUGCUCUGAGCUCUGCAAAAAUAAAUAGUUUUGUUACGUGUUUUA